UUCAGUGUAUCCGUUUCAACAACCCGAUAACUACUCGUCUUUCUCCUCACUCUCGCUCUCUACUCUCUCUCCCUUCGGUCGGGGGAGAACGCGAACCGAACCGGGCGGCUCAUCUCGACCGGAAAUGGCGAACCGGACCGGACCGGGCGGGGCGGCGGAGGAGGAAGACGACGACCCCGUCGUCUCCUUCCCGGAGCUCCUCCGCUUCUGCGGCCGCGCCCAAACCCUAAUCACCGAGCUCCUCCUCCUCGCGGAUCGCGUCCCCUCGGAGUUCCGCGAUCGCCGCUUCGACCCCGUCCUCUUCGAUCUCAGAUAUUUUGACUCUCCUAGUGAUUUUGAGUCAAGGAUUGAAGGAAAUGCUGAAUUAGAAGCUCUAGAAGAUCAGCUCCGUGAAUCUUGCUCUAAUUAUAUGCAGAGGUUCUUUAAUCUGGCUAGUGGAAUUGUCAUUUACCAUAUGGAGCUCCUUAAAUACCUAAAUGAUCUUCAGGAAGGUCUUUAUGUGCAUUAUUCACUUGAUAGUGUAUUGGAGAGCAAGUCUGGGUGCCAACUGCUGACAGAGUCAAUUACAUUAUUUGCAUGUGUCCUGUUAUUAAUGGAGCACAGGAUCGUUGGGAUUUUGCGUGAGAAGCUCCUUGUGGCACAUCUACGAUAUGAUCGUUGUUUCAAUUUGCCAAAGCUAGAGGAAAUAUGCUCUCUCUGUCGUAUACACCAGCCUAAUACAGGAACCUUAAGUCACACGAGUGCUUCUUCAUUAACCUCUGAUAUUCUUUCCAUACAAAAGCCAGAGAUCCUUUUUGCAAGAUUCCCCUUUCCUAAACUGGUGGUUGAUGCUAUUAUAUCUUGCUUACGGGGAGAUGACAUGUACAAUAACAUUCGCCACUAUCCAGAUCCACAGCAUCGGACUGUGGCUUUGUCUUUACAGGGUGGACGUUUGUACCUGCUGUUAUUUUAUUCUACUGACUUUUUACAUAAUGGUCUUGUUAUGCGAGAGAUUGUUGAUAGGUUCUUUAAGGAUAAUUGGGUGGUUCCUAUAUUUUUGCAUUUCUUGGUAGAUUUAUUUGCCUCAUGGGAUGCAUAUAAAGAAGCAAAAGCUGCAUUAUCCUCUUGUCUUUCGCCCAAUUUUAUACGUGAUUGCUGCCUUUAUUAUUCUUCUAAGGUUACGCAUCUCUUGUCUGAGUUAGGCUCCAGUCUCUCUGAUGGUGCUUUGAAGAAGGAUUAUGUCCUGGAUAACUCUCAACAUCUUAUCUCCUUUAUAAGAAAUUGCAAUAUUACUCUGCGCUGGCUUUUGCUUCAUAGAAUUAGCAAUGACAAGAGGUCAAGGGACAUAGUGACUUCUAUAGGGCUGGCGCAGCAAGUCGAUGAUGAUAGCUUACUACAACUCCUACUGAAGGCUUCUCAACUUGAAUUUGAAGUGAAAUUUCUUUAUGAUGAACUUUUGAGAACCAGAGAAGCUAUGUGGUGCGAGAAGAAACGCUGUGCUUCUGAAUGCAUGGAAGACUUAUCCCGAAACCACUUUGGCACUUGGGCUUCAUCACACAAAUUCAAGAACAAGAGCCUGAAAGACUGGUUUGAUAAGUUGUCACUGGAGCAGAUGCAGUCACUAAAUUAUUCUGGACAUGGAAGCUCUGGGAGAAUAAUCUAUCGUGUAAUAUCUUCAAUUAAGGAUAUUGAACAACUUGAUCAAGUUGAAGAAAGUUUGCAAAUCAAACAUGGGUUAGCCAAAGUUCAGAAGUCUCUUCAUGACAUGAUCAAAAUUCUCAAUUUAGAUAUUGAUGCUAUGAGGGUAUUCUCUGUGGUUACAGAUGCUGUAUAUGCUUGGGGAUACAUUGCAAAAUAUGAUAAACUUUUGAAGAAGAAGAUUAAGCAAGAUCCAUCAACAAUGCUGAUUUUGCAUGCCUUAUUUCUUAAAUUUCAGUCAUUUCUGAAUGUACCGCUACAAUGGAUAGAGCAGUGCCAAAGCGAGGAUCUCCCAUAUGUCUCGAGAUACUAUUCCUCAGAGUAUGCUGCUAGAAUUUUCACCAUUCUGGAGAUUGUUCCUGUCGUAUUGCUUGAUAUAUUUAAUGAUAACUUACAAGCUCAGCAUCCAUUUCACCUAGUAAAUCGUAUUGACAAGGAUGCUUUUGAAGAUUUUAUGCAGUUGGAUACACAACUCAAACUAGCAAGGCAAGCUGGCAAAUUGUCUGUUAUUUCUGAGGGGAUAAUGAUCAUGUCAAGGAACUUAAAUGGCCUCAUCAAUUCGGACUUAAGGAACUGGUUGGAAGAGAAUGUACGGAAGGAACUAUCAAGGCGGCUAGAAAGCAAGCUGCAAUCCCAUUUCUUGCCUCAUGCUGGGCGUGACGAUUUAGAAACUAAUCUGGUGUCCUUAUCAACUUUUAUCCUUUCCCAGUUGCGAAUGAUGGAAACCUUACAGGACGUACUUCAUAUUCAUGGGAGUCAUAUCUGGGAAGAAACUUUUACUGAACUACUGAAUCGUUGUGCUCAGAAAGAACAAACUGAAAUUGUGAGACGAAAGCAAGAAUCCAAAAUUUCAGUUGCAAAGUUGAAUGACUUCUCUAAGUCAACCACUUUUUUUGGACAUUUAUUGCACCAAAUGUUUCAGUUAACGGAUCCCUCUCGAUCAAUGUAUAUAGAGCCUAUGGUUGGUUGGUUUGAUGCAGAAGGCCGUGAAUUGCUUGGGUUGCACUUUUUUAAUCUACUUGAGUCAAGUGUUGGACAGGUUGGCUUGGCCAUUUUGGACUCUCUAUUAGCUUUACUCAUAAAGGAGAAUCUAGAACUUACAUUGAAGAGCUUUCAUGUUUUGUUGGAUUCUAGAUGCAUGGAAGAACUGCACAAGCUUGAUAAGUUUAUGGGGCCUCCUACAUCCAUUCCUUUGCUGGGUUUGUCGUUGUACAAUCAGAUGGUCAAGAUGUUCAAUGUAUCAUGGGAGCCCUUGGCUGAGCUCUUGGCAACUAUUGGACGGUUACAGUUAUUACGCUGCCUGGUUUCUUUUAAGUUGAGGUCCUCAUCAAAGAUAAAGGCCGAUCUUGUAACUUCUGCCACUGAAAACUUGAUUUCUUCAGUUUCUUUGCAGAGAGAACGGAUUCUAGAGUGCUUAAAAGAUGAAGAAGAGAAGGAUUCAACAGUGCGAAACUUUCUCCAUUCAUUGUUUGAGCAGCAAAGGCUGUGCGGUUUACAAUCUCCGCUCCGAUCAGUCUACAUGUCGGAAGAUCCGCCGACUUGUUUAAGCAGAUUUACUUCUGUUUUCUCAAUAUCACAGUUAUCACGAUACGUGCUCGAUGUCCACUUGGGCACUCUGACCAGUAAAUUGAAGAAGUCGAGUGUUGAUUUCUCUCCUCUGGUGAUCGGGCUCGGAACAUUUCUUAGGCAAUUUCAUGCUUUCUAUAUCACCCAAUACGCGCAGUUCAUGGGUCAAUACAUACGGAUAGCCGUAGCCACGGCAUCAGAUUCUGGCUCUGAAACUCAGAAAGGAUCUGGCGAUUAUGCAUCCGAGGUUUUGAAGUCCGCGUUUUGGCUGAUGUUCUUCGGCAAAUACAUGGAAAUCCCGAAGGAGUUGAUCGAAUCUUGCUUCCCUUCUUCGGUCCUCGCUAUCCUUCAAACUUGAAUAAUUCAAAAUUUUUGUCAUUUGAUCUCCGAUAAACCCGAAGAAGAUGAUGUGCUUUUGGCCAUGAUCCAUCGGCGAAAUAACAGCAAAUUAAGAGGAUUUUUCUGUUUUUUUCUUGGAUCUAAGUAGAAAAUGCACAAAUCAGAGGAUGGUAUUUUUUAGUGUUGUAAUGAAUUAAGAUUUUUCUCUUUUUUUGGUUUUUUUUGUUUUUGUUUUUGUUUUGUUUCCUUAGCAAGGGAAAUCUUAUGUUUGUAUUAUUUAUUGUAUUGGAAGAGAAAUAAAAUAAACUUGAUAUGUGGAAAAAA